CGCUCCGGUGGGUCGGAGCUCGUCGCGCCCCUUGCUCUGCUCGCGGCGUGGGGCUCGACCUCCUCCUCUUCUCCUCCCGUCUUCGUCUCCGGCAGCGCCGGGCGUCGCGGUGACAGAGCGGGGCGAUCGCGGCGGGGGGCGGCCGGGGCUCCGGCGGCGCGGAUGGCGGAGGGCGGCCAGCCCCCGCAGCAGCAGCAGCCACAGCCGCAGCUCCUGGCCGGUGGCGGUGCGGGGGCCGCCCGCGGCGUGAAGCGGGAGCCGGAGCUGGAGCAGCCCAUGCCCGGUGGGGACGGCGCCGAGGGCGGCCACAGCAAGCGGCUGCGGACGGAGGCGGAGGCUGACGGCGGCGGCAUGCAGAACGAGCCUCUGACUUCAGGUUAUCAUGGAUACCCAGGAAGAGACAAUCAAGGUAACCAGGAGCCAGCAGCAACUCCUGAUGCAAUGGUGCAGCCAUUCACCACAAUCCCAUUUCCGCCACCCCCACAGAACGGGAUUCCCACAGAGUAUGGGGUGCCACACACUCAGGACUAUGCAGGCCAGACCAGCGAGCACAAUCUGACACUCUAUGGAAGCACGCAGCCUCAUGGAGAGCAGAGCACGAACACAGCCAGCACGCAGAAUGGAUCUCUCGCACAGACAGAAGGAGGGGCACAGACAGAUGGACAGCAAUCACAGACACAGAGCAGUGAGAAUACCGAGAGCAAAUCCACUCCAAAGCGACUUCAUGUGUCUAACAUUCCCUUCCGCUUUCGAGAUCCUGACCUUCGGCAGAUGUUUGGGCAAUUCGGCAAAAUCCUGGAUGUAGAGAUAAUCUUUAAUGAGCGUGGCUCGAAGGGAUUCGGGUUCGUAACUUUCGAGAAUAGUGCUGAUGCAGACAGGGCCAGGGAGAAAUUACACGGCACCGUGGUAGAGGGCCGUAAAAUCGAGGUUAACAACGCCACUGCACGAGUGAUGACCAAUAAGAAGAUGGUCACACCAUAUGCAAAUGGUUGGAAGUUGAGUCCUGUGGUUGGAGCGGUGUACGGCCCUGAGUUAUAUGCAGCGUCCAGCUUUCAAGCAGAUGUCUCGCUGGGCAAUGACGCCGCAGUGCCCCUGUCAGGAAGGGGGGGUAUUAACACUUACAUUCCUUUAAUCAUUCCAGGCUUCCCCUAUCCAACUGCAGCCACCACAGCAGCCGCAUUUCGGGGAGCCCACCUGAGGGGCCGAGGAAGAACAGUUUAUGGGGCAGUCCGGGCGGUACCUCCUACAGCCAUCCCUGCCUACCCGGGUGUGGUUUACCAGGACGGAUUUUACGGUGCUGACCUCUAUGGUGGAUACGCAGCCUACAGAUAUGCACAGCCUGCUACUGCAACAGCGGCCACAGCCGCUGCAGCCGCUGCAGCAGCUUACAGCGAUGGUUAUGGCAGGGUGUACACAGCAGAUCCAUACCAUGCCCUUGCCCCUGCCGCUAGCUACGGAGUUGGCGCUGUGGCAAGUUUAUACCGAGGUGGCUACAGCCGAUUUGCCCCCUACUGAAGUGACGUGAGCCCCCUGCAAGUGGGACAGCCCCCCCAGUUCAUGAGGCCUGGCUAUUGCAAUAUUUACUAGUAGAGGAACUCUAUAGCAAGACGAGGAGGAAAAACAAAAACAAGACAAAAAAAACAACAAAGGAGAAAAUACUUUUUUAUACCUCACUAUGUUCUUUGAAUAUGUAUUUUUUUUCCUUUAAAUUUCUGCCUUUAAUUCUUUUGUUCCAAA